CUCCUUUCAUCGUCGAUGUCUUCCAUAUCUUCUUCUCUCCUGUAUCCUUGUACUCUACUUCUUCCCUCCAAAAUCUCCACUGCUGCCCCGCCACUAUCCUUACCUCCUUCAUCUCGUUCAUCCUUUCAAUGGCCGAAGCCCCUCCGCCCUCCAUCACCGGUGCUUCUUUGUUCCUUUUCCACCUAUGGCCGGUUCCUUCCCCGCGCCAUCAAUCUUCCGGCGGGAAACCCUAGCGAUCCUGGUCAAAGGCUUAGCCUUGAUUACAUUAUUACCACCGCACAGAAGCUUUUUGACGAUUUGCCUCAACCAGUAAAGAAGUUCCCGUGGGUCAAAGCACUGGAAAGCUUCUUCCGUCUCCUGUUCGACCUCGCCUGCGCGGUGGGUAAGUAUCUCUUUAUACCAAUGCUUGCUGUCUCGUCUUUGAGCGAGAUGUCUUACUGCGGCCACGAAAAGAAGCUGGUGCUCGUGCCGUUCCCGUUUCUUAUUGGGUUUGUUCUUGCCGGUGUACUUGUCGACACUGCAAUUGAGCUAUCCGUUGGCUUCAAGGAAGGAGAGUUCCCAUGGCAUUUGCUUAUGGUUGCGACCUUCUUCUUGUUGCUUAAACUGCCCGGCCCGUAUUACCCAUAUUGGGGCCGAUUGCUUAUUCCUCACUUUGCAAAUGGUGGAUUGUGGAGAACGGUAUGGCUUGUUUUCCUGUGGUAUAGAGGGGUUGGGAGAACAAUAAUGCAAACCGAGCCUUCUGGUCGUGAUGAAAGCUUGUGAGAAAGAAAUACCGGACUUUGCAGGAAAAGUUGAGGAGCCUAUGGAGCUGUGACUGGGCGGACAAGCUUUAAGUUAAUAAAUAUAUGCUUCAAAGGUUUUUGAUGAAAUUAUUUAUAGGCAUGGAAUCAAUGUAUUUUGUUGUUGUACAUUAUAUAUUCUCAUAAUUAGUAUAUUUAAUUUUGUUGUGCAAUAAGUAGGAGUACCUAAGUAUAAAUAUGAGAUUUGUUUAAUUUAUUUUUAUUAAUUUUUUAAUGAAUUAUUAAACCA